AUGAAAGGUACCAAACCAGACCACUUUGUGCUGACAAAGUCAGAAUCCCGCAAAGACGUUUUGUCACAAGAGAAACUCCCACCACUGUUUGAUAGCCCAACGACAUGGAAAAACUGGCCUGGUCGACUACACAAGCUGUUUGCUGUCAUAAUAGUUGUUAUUCCUGUCAUGUCGGUCUAUGGUUUCAUGACAACAGAGCUACAAACAAAAACACUGGUGUUGUCUAUCAUCACCUACUUUUUGACAGGGCUUGGUAUAACUGCAGGUUACCAUCGUUUAUGGGCUCACAGAUCGUAUAGAGCCACUUUGGCCCUGAGAAUCAUGCUGGCUAUUGGUGGAGGCGCGGCAUUUCAAGGUACUAUUGACUGGUGGGCCAGAGAUCAUAGAUCCCAUCACAGAUGGACUGAUACUGAUAAGGACCCUUACAGUGCACAAAGAGGGUUUUUCUAUUCUCAUGUGGGGUGGCUGGUAAUUUAUCGUGGAAGAGGAAAGACAGGCUUCGCAGACAUUGCGGAUCUCAAGGCCGACAAGGUUGUGGCUUUCCAGCGCAGAUUCUAUCCAUAUCUUGCUAUUGGAUUUGGCUUCGUGCUCCCAACGCUCAUUGCUGGCCUUUGGGGUGAUUACAGGGGCGGGUUCUUUUAUGCAUCUGUUAUCCGAGUAUGCUUUGUGCAUCAUGUCACUUUCUGUGUCAAUAGUCUAGCACACUUUCUGGGAGAAUGUACUUAUGAUGAUCACCACACACCAAGAGACCAUUGGAUCACAGCUUUGGUAACCCUUGGAGAGGGAUACCAUAACUUCCACCAUCAAUUUCCACAAGAUUACCGCAAUGCAAUUGUGUAUUAUCAAUACGACCCUACCAAGUGGCUUAUAAAGCUUCUUGAGUUUCUUGGGCUUGCCUAUGACCUCAAGACUUUCCCGACAAAUGAGAUAAACAAGGGUCGUGUUCAGAUGCAAGAAAAGCAGGUUGCAGACAUGAAGAGAACUCUUAAAUUUGGAAUUCCUAUUCACGACUUGCCUAUCUAUACAUGGGAUGAAUAUCAGAAAAAAGUCUUUAGUGAAGGCAAAAAGUGGAUCUUGAUAGAAGGUGUCUUAUAUGACUUGGAAGGGUUCUACCAUCCCGGAGGGUCUGGAUACAUAUCCAGAUCAUUAGGAAAGGAUAUGACAUCGUCAUUCAAUGGAGGUGUGUAUGACCACUCAAAUGGAGCAAGAAACCUGUUGACCAUGAUGCGCGUGGGUGUACUAUUGAACGGAAUGCAAGUCAUGUCAGAGUCCCAGAUUGAAGACGAAGUUAUUGAGCUGUCGUUGGAUCCUAAGCUAAAAUCACAUUAAAAUUAUUAUUAGUAUUAUUAUUAUUAUUUCUUCAAGACAUUAUUUGCAUGACAAAGUAUUCUUUGUUUAUUAAAAAAAACCCUUCCAUGUUCUCUCUUAG